ACUUUCCAACUGAAGGGUCAGGCCAGGUGCCUGGGUGUUGCUCUGCAUCUUUCUCAAGGCCUUUUCUUUGUCGCUGCCACAGGCUGCCCCUGGGACUGAAGGUGGCUUUGACUGCUAGAGUAACUUCACUGGGACAAUCCAUGCAGACGACACAGUGGCGAGUUGGGCUAGUGCUGGGGAGAGAGGGUGCGGUUGGCUCCCCUGAGCCUCGGGUUUCCCAGCCAUGGCUGGGCUGGGACGGAUGGCCAGGAAUAUGAGCAAUAGGCUAGGAACUCAGGGUAGGGAGGCCUCCUGGUCUCUGGUGUGUGUCUCCUGGGUCUCAUGGUCUCAGGUGCGGAGGCCCAGCAUCUAUGGUUCCCUUACAGAUCCUCAACAAGUAUGAUUCAUGGAUCUCCUUCCUGAGCAGUGUGCGGUACUGGAUGGCCUUCAACGUGGAGCGGGCCUGCCAGUCCUACUUUGGCUGUGUGCAGUGUAUUAGUGGGCCAUUGGGCAUGUACCGCAACAGCCUCCUCCAGCAAUUCCUGGAAGAUUGGUACCAUCAGAAGUUCCUAGGCAGCAAGUGCAGCUUUGGGGAUGACCGGCACCUCACCAACCGAGUCCUGAGCCUGGGCUACAGGACUAAGUAUACAGCGCGCUCCAAGUGCCUCACAGAAACCCCCACCAAGUACCUCCGCUGGCUCAACCAGCAAACCCGCUGGAGCAAGUCUUACUUCCGGGAGUGGCUCUACAACUCUCUGUGGUUCCAUAAGCACCACCUCUGGAUGACCUACGAAUCAGUGGUCACAGGUUUCUUCCCCUUCUUCCUCAUAGCCACAGUCAUACAGCUUUUCUACCGUGGCCGCAUCUGGAACAUUCUCCUCUUCCUGCUGACGGUGCAGCUGGUGGGCAUUAUCAAGGCUACCUAUGCCUGCUUCCUUCGGGGCAAUGCAGAGAUGAUCUUCAUGUCCCUGUACUCCCUUCUCUAUAUGUCCAGCCUCCUGCCAGCCAAGAUCUUUGCCAUUGCUACCAUCAACAAAUCCGGCUGGGGCACCUCUGGCCGAAAAACCAUUGUGGUGAACUUCAUUGGCCUCAUCCCUGUGUCCAUCUGGGUGGCAGUCCUUCUGGGAGGACUGGCGUACACAGCUUAUUGCCAGGAUCUGUUUAGUGAGACGGAGCUAGCCUUCCUUGUCUCUGGGGCCAUCCUGUAUGGCUGCUACUGGGUGGCCCUUCUCAUGUUGUAUCUGGCCAUUAUUGCCCGGCGAUGUGGGAAGAAGCCAGAGCAGUAUAGCUUAACUUUUGCUGAGGUGUGACAUAACCCUCAAGCAGAGCCGGAAAAGUGCAAUGGGUAAGGGAGGGAAGGGGAAUGGAAGAGAAAAGAUGGGGAAGAGAAAGAUGGGGUGGGAGGGAGGAGGGAAUGCUGUUUUAGUUUCUUAAGGGUCCAAAGGACAAAUCUGAAGUGCAAAGAAAGGUGACUGUAGUAUGGCCCUGGGCUGUUUUGCUUAGGGAAGGCAACACCAAUUCCAGCUCAGGGUGGUAGAGGAGACAUGUUUUCAGGCUGCCUGUCUGCUACAUGGUGGUCUCUGGGAAAGAUUCCACUCCUGCCCCAGGAUCCAGAGGGAACUCAGAAGUGUGUUAAAUCAAACAAUAAGUUCCAAUCAGUAGCAACUUCUGAUAGGUAAGUGAGCAAAGCCAGCUGCGGGAAGGGGUUCUCUUAGCCCAUUUGAACACAACCAGAGGUGGGGAGAGAAUUUGAGAUCUGGGCCAGCUAGUAAUGUCUCCCCCCUCCAUUGAGUUAUCAAUGCAAUAAGAUUGUGCCUGAGAUACAAGGCCCAGAAGCCUGAUCUCUGGGCAUCAGAAAACAGGGUACAGGAAUGGUGCUUUAUUAUGUGUACCCCAUUCCACAUCUCAAGGAUGAGCCAAACUAGCAGGGAGUUAGCAUUGAACUGCUUUAAGUGUACAUAAAUGUGAAUGUUAAAAGGGAAAACUUGCCAGGAGGAACAAAGGUUGGUAGUGGUGCUCAAGGCUAUGGGCUAUAUGGAGGCCUAUAUAGAUUCCACCUGGAAACUGCCUAGACAUUUAGAUGAACUUGUCUGCUGAGGAGAGAAAAUGUUUCAGUCAUCUACCAGGGAGAUUAAACCCCAACAUACUAAGAAAGGAAGUGAGGGCUCAGUAUUUCAACCUGUGUACUCCUGAAGUCCUCUUAAAUUCAGCUGAGUCCUAAGAUGGCCACCUCACUGAUUUCAAGUGAUGUAGUCACCUCUUUGCCCUCCUCCUCAUCAGGUAAGUUUCUCAAGGUGGCAAGUGAGUCAGCGCCUGGACUCUCACAGGCUCCUCAGUAACAGGCAAGCCUGCCCUCAGCACAUGGGGGAAUCCUACUAGGAGCCUCUGACCAAAUUGGCUACCAUCUUGGAACUGCUUGGGACGAUCAUUGGCAGCUGGGUAGCAUGCAUGACUUUCAGGCUACAAUUCUUUUUUUUUUAAAUAUAUUUUUUAAGAAAUAUAUUAAAUUUUAGAAAGGAAGGGAGAGGGAGAGAUAGAAACAUCAAUGAUGAGAGAGA